AUGGCGUCCGUACCAUUUUCCUACAGCUCAUCAAAUUCGGAUAUAUCUACACCAAGAUCAUCCUCUCCCUCUUCCAUAGCAGGUCGUUCCUCCAACACCUCCUACUCCAAGCGCAUGUCCAUCUCCUCUACGAGAAGGAUAUCACACCUCAACCCAAUGUCUUCCAUUGAUAUUCAGGCCCUCGAGGAGGCCAUGAAGGCCCAGCAGCUGGACCAGCUCCGCGGCUACAGGAAAGACACGUACGGCGAGGUCAAGCAGAACAGAGACAAUGUCUACGUGACAGACGUUGCCAGACAGCAGGCCAUCGGCCCUCAGGUCCUGCGAGAACCUCUUUUCAACAAGGGUCUUUCCUUCACGCCAGAAGAGCGUGUCGCCAAGAACCUCACGGGCCUGGUGCCUCACACCAUCGAGGAUCUGCAGAAGCAGUGCCAGCGGUCUCUGCGUGUGAUCCGGUCCCGCCAGACCAACGUGGACAAGUAUCUGUACCUGUCGUCGGUCAAGGAGCAGAACGUAGAUCUGUUUUACCGCCUGCUCAUGGACCACAGCAAGGAGCUCAUGCCCCUCGUCUACACGCCCACCAUCGGCGACGUCUGCCUGCAGUACUCCACCCUGUACACCCGCCCAGAGGCCCUGUACAUCUCCAUCAAGCAGAGGAAAUCCAUCAAGACCAUCCUGCGAAAUUGGCCCUACCCCAACCCGGAGAUCUGCGUCGUGACGGACGGAUCCCGCAUCCUGGGUCUUGGUGACCUGGGAUUUAAUGGUAUCGGAAUCCCCAUCGGCAAGCUGGCCCUGUACACUGCCUGUGCCGGUAUCCACCCUUCCAAGACCAUGCCCAUCGUGCUGGACUGCGGCACCAACAACGAGACCAACCUCAAGGAUGAGUUCUACAUGGGUCUGCGGCAGAAGAGGCCCUCGGUGGCCGAGCAGCAGGCCUUCAUGGACGAGUUCAUGGCGGCGGUCAAGGAGGUCUUCCCCAGCAUGGUGGUGCAGUUUGAGGACUUUGAGUCGGAGAAGGCUUUCAACUACCUGGACCGGUACCGCAACACGCACAAGUCCUUCAACGACGACAUCCAGGGGACAGGCUCCGUGGUCCUGGCCGGGUACAUUGGUGCUGUCAACCUGUCGGCUGUGCCCAUUGAGGAGCAGCGCCUCGUCUUCAUGGGCGCCGGCUCUGCGGGCGUGGGUGUGGCCAAGCAGCUGGUCGAGUACUAUACCCGCCGCGGCCUGACGGAGCAGGAGGCCAAGGACAAGUUCUGGCUCGUGGACACCAAGGGCCUUGUGACCAAGGACCGUGGUGACCGCCUCGCCGAGCACAAGAAGUACUUUGCCCGCGUCGACAACAACGGCCACCAGUUCCGCAGCCUCGAGGAGGUCAUCGAGUACGUGAAGCCGAGCGCCCUGGUGGGUCUGACGGCCACAUUUGGCGUCUUCACUGAGAGCGUCGUGCGCGCCCUCAAGGCCUCGGUCGAUGCAGGUGGUCUGGGCCGUCGUCCUAUCCUGUUCCCCCUGUCCAACCCGCUCACCAAGGCCGAGUGCACGUUCGAGCAGGCUGUCAACUGGACUGAGGGCUCCGUCAUCUUCGCGUCGGGCUCCCCCUUUGCCUCCUUCACCGUCAAGGCAGGCGACCAGGCCAUCACCUACCACCCCAACCAAGGCAACAACGUCUACGUGUUCCCUGGCAUCGGCCUGGGCGCCAUCCUGGCCAAGGCCACUAAGGUGACGGACGGCAUGAUCUACACGUCUGCCGAGGCUCUGGCCAACUCGUUGAACGCCGACGAGAUCCAGAAGGGCCUCAUCUACCCGCGCAUCGAGCGGGUGCGUGAGGCUUCCAUCAUCGUGGCCCGCGAGGUCAUGAAGGCCGCCCGGCGCGAGGGCGUGUCGGCCCUGCCCGAGGAGCAGUGGAACGAGUGGGAGGAGUGGGGCGACGCCGCCCUGACCAAGUACAUCAAGAACAGGAUCUAUGACCCAAGCGACUGA